GCAGGUCUCUUCCCUUCAGGCACACUGGCAAGGACUCAGCAGAACUCUAGCAGCAAAGCACACAGGCACCGGAUCUACGAUUAGGCUGCAAUUCUGAAACAAGCUCAGCUUUGUCAAGAGCACGAGUUUUCCAGAAUAUGCAUGGGGAACAAGGGCAUGGCAGACACGGUACCAGCAGAGGAGAUUCGUCUCGGGGCUGCUCACUUCCAGCUGUUCAGUUCCAGUAUGAAGGACGAAGCAAGAAGACUGAGGACUUUUUCCCAGUGGCCAGACAGCUCACCGGUGUCUGCCUGGGAUUUGGCCAAGGCUGGGUUUUUCUUUGUGGGUCCAGGAGACCAUGUACAGUGCUUCUGUUGCGGUGGUAUCCUGAAGGAUUGGAAACCUGGUGAUUGCCCAAUGGUGGAGCACCUGAAGUUCUUCCCUUUCUGUAAAUUCAUUUAUGAGGCUGUGCACAACCAGCAACUGCUUCCUCUCCAGGGAACAUUUGACUGUGUGGAUGGGCAGAUCCUCAGCCUCUUGCAGUGGAUAGACACUGAGGAGACAGCCCUGCCCGAUCAAGCAGCACACCCAGAAAUGGUAACAGAGGAGAUGAGACUGUCAACAUUUUGGAACUGGCCCCGACAUAGUGAGAUGUGUCCUGAACAACUGGCUAGAGCAGGAUUUUUUUACACAGGACAAGGGGAUGUGGUGAGGUGUUUUUACUGUAAUGGAAGUAUGAGGAACUGGGCCUUUGGAGAUGACCCGUGGAGGGAACAUGCCAAGUGGCAUCCAAGGUGUGAAUUUUUGUUGCGGUCAAGGGGGAGAGAAUUUGUGAACAGUGUUCAGGAGUCCUUUGCCAGCACUCGACCUCCAGGAUAUUCGGGGGAUCAGACUGAACAAGAUUCCUCUGCUUCCCAAGAUCUCCUAAGGAACUGGAGAUUGCUGUCUCUUCCUUCUCCGGAUCAGUUUUCCAUAGCGCACAAUGUCCUGGAGAUGGGCUUCGACCCCCUCUGGGUGGUUAGCCUGGUAGAGAACAGAUACAUGCUGAGUGGGGCUUACUACCUGUCUGAGUCUGAACUGAUUUCUGAUCUGCUCCAGCUAGAAUGGGAAGAGAGCAGUGCGCAGGAAAGCAGAGACACUGAAACCUCACGUUCAAGAGGAGAAAUGCAGUCUGUGCAACAAAAGGAACCAGAACCUCCACUGAGCACGGAAGAACAGCUCCGCCGCUUGCAAGAGGAAAGGAUAUGCAAAGUGUGCAUGGACAGAGAUGUGUCUGUUGUGUUUGUUCCAUGUGGCCACCUGGUAGCUUGUGGAGAAUGUGCCCUCAGCUUGACACUGUGCCCUAUCUGCAGAGCAGUCAUCCGGGAGAGUGUGAGGACUUUCAUGUCCUGAGCUAUGAUGUGCUAAAGAGGAAACAUAAAUCUAUACAAUCCACUCAUAAGGCAGAGGAAGAAAAGUAGUUUGAUACUGACUUAUUAGCAGGGUAGCCUGGCCUGAAACUUAUUAAGUGUGACUCCUGGCACUGGAAAACGUGAUUUUAAAUGUAGUAUUCUAUCAGGUAGCAAAAAAGAAAGGUUUGCCAGAACUAUAGCUUGCUAACUGCAGGGGAAGGAUGUUUUAAAAUUAGCUGUUCUUUCACUGAAUAAAAGGCUUAUCUUAUGGAG